AUAGAAUUGGUACAGAUCCCUCUGCCUGAUGAUUGAAAUGCAAAGUUUUGGCUUUAAAAAUCCUGUGAACAAAGCUGGUUGAUGUUGUGAGUAAUACUGAAUCAUGAGUUUACUCAGAUGGCUGUUCGAAAGAACUCGAGCGGUUUCGUCAUUCUAAUAGCCCGCACGCGUUGUUUCCUGCACUUUUCUCUUUUUACCGCGUAACUAUGGAUUUAUUCAGAUUUCCGUUCUGAUGCUGUUUUAUGGCAUUGUCGGCACCUGAAUAAGUUUUCGAUCCCAGCACUACUUCACUGACGAACAACGAUGACGGAAAAGUGCCGUAUCAAGCUGCUUCCGCUCGAUAACCAGGGAGUCCCAAGAUAUGAUGACCAGACGGGUGAAGUCUUGAUACCUGAGGAUGACUUCCUAUUGUACAAAGGAAUGUGUGAUAAGACUAUGAUUUUGUUAGAUCACUGGAUCGAUAAUAGAGAAAAACUAGAGAAUGAGUUGGAGAUUAUCGCCGGGGAGCUUGAUCGGUGGGAGUACGGGACCAAUAUUUCAACCACGGUUGGCUCAGUAGCAGGGAUUGGUGGAGGUGCUGCUAUCAUCACUGGGAUGAUUGUUAUGCCACCAAUGGCUGUUGCAGGCUUGGCUGUUGGCGGAGUGGCUGCUGUGUCAAAUCUAACCACUGGCAUCCUCAAAGUUGCAAACAUAAAGAAAAAUAUCAACCGUGCUAUGAAAAUGCUGGAGUACGAUAAGCAGCUGACUGAAAAUUUGGCUAACGGCAUUGUCAUGCUGGAGGAAACCGAGUCAACAGUUUUAUCGAAAAAUAAAAUCCGUAUUGAAAAGCGAGUGGGCGACCCGAUUAAUCGUGAUACAGUCAUGAAUGGUAUUAGUGUUGGCGCAGUCUCAGUGGCCGGUGGAGCUGCUCGUUUAUUGCUUAAAGAAUCGACUGUUAUUGAAUCAGCUGCCCUGAAGGGAGCCGUACAUGCCGCCACAGCUAUAGGGAUUGCGAUUGAUGUAUUGACAGCUAUCCAGAGUGUCAGGGGUCUAGUCAAAGGUUCUCACUCCGAAGUUGCUCAGAAACUGCGGAGUACCGCUUUGGAAUUGAAGACGAACCGUGAGAACCUCACACGUCGUUUAUUAAUGGAGUACUUGUAGUCAAGGCAACUACAUGUUUUUUCAUUAUCCAAAUUUAAAUUGUAAAUUAAAUUAUAUGUAAAAUCACUUUAGCUCAUCGUUUCUCAUUAGCGGGCAUAAGUAAUUGUUACAUCUUCUCAAUCACUACGUUUUCAUCACGUGAGAAUGGGUUUUUGGGAGUAACACGCCAUUGUUUAUUCGUAGAUCAUCUAAAAAUCCCUCCAAACGUUUCUGAGAAGUGUUGUGAUAGUAAGUAAUAUGUUAGCCAUUGCUCUGUGCGGAACUCUGUACAGUCCGUGUCAAUCACGUGCUCCCUUCUCCGUAGGCGCAAUGAGCUCCGCGCCAUGUUCGCGCGCGUAUGGCUCGCGCAUUCAAAAUGGCCUCAUCGAUUGGAGGUCCGCACACAGUGCCCUUGCGUUGCGCAUGCGUAAUUCCCAUGCGAAAGGGAGUACGUAAUUGAUAUUGACUGUACAAAGACUGUAUUGAGAAUUUUUCAUAAUAGUCUGCGUAAAAUGUGUGAAAAUAUGUGAUUACAAGAUGUGCAAUUCAUUUUCUUUUGUUUAUUGCCUGCUGCUUCCGUUGGUCUUGUCCAAAUUGAUAUCGAUCUUCCUGGUGUGAUUUUAGAAUUGUGUUGCCAUAAUAGGGGAUUAUAGAAAUUUACCUUAGGUUGAAAAUAGGGACUUACGGGCAAUGUAUUGUAUCAAAAAACAUUCUUGCUCUUCAUAUUCACAAUAUUCAAGUGUUAACAGCUCAUGUACCAUAAAGG